AUGGAAGUUUUGGAAUUUUUCCCUGAUUGUAAAUAUUUAAUAUCAUGUGCUCAAUUGAAAAUUUUGCUAAUAUGGGAUGUAAAAUAAAUGAAAUUAAUAAAUAAAUUUAGUAGUGAGCAUUUUUUAUCGUGCUUAAUGUUUUCUUCUGAUGGAUAAGUAUUAGUAUCACAUUCUGACAUUAUAGUACUUUGGGAUAUGUCAAACAUUCGAGAGCCUAAUAUUAUUUGGAAAGUAGAUAAUAACUUCCACAUUAUAUUUAUAAUUGUAUCAACAAAAUAAGGUCAUAUGAUAUCAAUGGAUGAUAUCGGAUUAUUUACAAUUUGGGAUGUUUAGAGUGGUAAGAUAAUUGAAAAAUUAAGGAAAUGUUAUACUUUUGCAAUUUUUAAUGAUGAUGGCAAUAAAUUUGCUGCGUAUGAUUGGGAAAACGUUGAAAUUUGGAAAUUAUAAGGGAAUAUUUUUGUGAUAGAGCAUUCGCUGGAAGCUCUUAAUAGACUCCGAUUUUUUAACUCAAAUAGUAAUUAAGACUAACUUUUAAAGAAUAGCUAUAAUUAUAAAUAUUUACUUAAAAAAAUUAUUAAAUGA